AUGGGAUUCGAGUGGUCGAGGCGCCCAUACACAGCGCCGUUCCUACGCGACCUCGUCUACAAUCCGAACCAUCGGAUGCCCGAGGCCGACUCCGGGGAGGCGCCUCACCGGGGUGAGCCUAUCGGUCAAUACCGCUUCAUCAAGCACGUGCCUUUCUCCCGCCGUGUGUCCGAGCUGCCGCUCAAGGAUUCGCAGUCAGGUCAUCUAGGUGAUACCGGUGGAUGCAGCAGCACGCUCAACCUGCAGUCGCUGGUGCCCAGCACGGCUUUCGGCAACCAGUGUGGGACCGAGAUUCGCGGAACGGAUAUCUUUUUCCUUCCCAAGCCUACACAGCUACUGUUCUUCGCUCUCCCUGUGUUCGUGCUCAUGCCAAAUCUGACGGUCUUCACACGGCACUGGUUCUUCUACGCUCCCAAGUGA